AUGUACCGAAAAACAGCCGAAUACGCAGCUCGAGUCGGCUCCAGGGCCACAUGGAAGACAUUUCGCCAUGCCUCAACGGUUCCUGAACUAUCAAAACGUAUGACUUGGCCCACAUCGCCUUCUCCAACUCCGUAUGAGGUCCUAGGGCUUCAGAGACAUCCCAAAAUAGAUGCAAGUAUUCUAAAAAAACGUUAUCGGGAGCUUGCCAUGCUGUAUCACCCAGAUACAUCGUACUCUAGCUCAGCUUCGGCGUUUAUGAGCGAAGUCGAACGUCUACGUCGAUUCAAGCUAGUGAAUGAAGCCUACGCGUUGCUGGUCGACGCGUCACGCAGGCAGGCAUACGACACCUACAAUACCGGAUGGGCCUAUAGCAGGCCUUCUACUGUCGCCAUGAGCCACACAACUUACCACCAAAACCCGUCUUAUUACAGCGCCGGGACCUGGGAAGAUAUCAAUAACCUAAAUAAUGACGAAAAUACUAGCGCCCCACUGUCUCUCUUGGCAGUUCUCGCAUAUGCUGCUGGUAUAUUCGUCUGCGUCGAGCUAGCUGCUUUCCUGUCUAGACUAGGCGAUACAGUUAGUCACCGUUUUCAGAAUGAAGAUGAGAAUAAAGAGGCCUUAGAAUUGGCCUAUUCCAACUACAGCAUGAAGACGGAUAAGUGGACAAGAAUAAGGCGUUUCCUUUGGUUUCGGAGUUGGGGCCUACACACUACAAAGGAGGAACUCGAUCGAGAAGCUAGUGCCAACGAAAAAUUAGUUCGAGAACUCAAAGAACGUAAAUCUUAA